AUGCUAAGAAGGGUCUCAUUCUCUAAUAUCUCUCGAUCAUUUCAUAGCAUACGAGCAGUCUUCGCGAGAAAACUUUCUAUCAAGUCUUUGGAUUUUGUGCAAAGCCCGAGGUUUAGAAGCUUUAAAAUAAGAAACAUGUCAUCUGGUCAAAGCGCGCUUGCUUCUGAAUUGCAGAAGCUUUCUCUUGAACAGCCCCAAAAACUGGAGGGGUCUUUUCCUGAAUACAAUGUUGUUGAUUUCAUGAGAAAUUACAUCAGUGAAGAGCUUUCUAAAAUUUCUGGUGUUAACGCUUCGUUGAUCUUCCCAGCGUUGGAAUGGACGAACACCCAAGAACGUGGUGACUUAUUGAUCCCAGUACCCAGAUUAAGAAUCAAGGGUGCCAACCCCAAAGAUUUGGCCGUUGAAUGGGCCGCCGAAUUUCCAUGUGGUCAAUAUUUGGACAGAGUUGAAGCCAACGGUGCGUUUGUCCAAUUCUUUUUCAAGCCAAGCUUCUUGUUCAGUGUUGUCUUGCCAGAUGUCCUAAAAAGAAAGGACCAAUAUGGCAGUGCUCCUCUAGUUCAUAACAAGAAGGUUAUUGUAGAGUUUUCAUCUCCAAAUAUCGCCAAACCUUUCCACGCCGGUCAUUUGAGAUCCACUAUCAUCGGUGGAUUCAUCGCAAACUUAUACGAGAAAUUGGGCUGGGAUGUUGUCAGACUUAACUACCUAGGUGACUAUGGCAAGCAAUUCGGCAUUCUAGCUGUCGGUUACGAGAAAUAUGGUGACGAAGCUAAACUCGCCAAGGACCCCAUCAACCACUUGUUUGAAGUUUACGUUCGCAUCAACAAGGACAUCGAGGCUGAGGGUGACUCUCUGCCGGAAUCAGAAUCUACUGAUGGCAAAGCUCGUGCUUACUUCAAGAAGAUGGAGGACGGUGACGAGGACGCUUUGAAGAUCUGGAGAAGAUUCCGUGAGCUAUCGAUCGAGAAGUACAUAUCGACUUAUGCUCGGUUGAAUAUCGUGUACGACAGCUAUUCGGGAGAGUCUCAAGUUUCGAAAGAAUCCAUGGACAAGGCGUUGAAAUUAUUUGAGGAGCAUAAUUUGACGCACGAAGACAGGGGCGCUACUUUGAUUGACUUGACCAAAUUCAACAAAAAGCUAGGGAAAACUCUUGUUAAGAAAUCUGACGGAACCACACUUUACUUGACCAGAGACGUCGGCGCGGCUAUGGACAGAUACGAAAAAUACCACUUCGACAAGAUGAUCUACGUCAUUGCCUCGCAACAAGACCUUCACACCGCACAAUUUUUCGAGAUCUUGAAGCAAAUAGGUUUUGACUGGGUAAAGAACCUAGUUCACGUUAAUUUUGGUAUGGUUCAAGGUAUGUCCACUAGAAGGGGAACUGUUGUUUUCUUGGACAAUAUUUUGGAAGAGACUAAGGAUAAGAUGCAUGAAGUGAUGAAAAAGAAUGAGGCCAAAUAUGCUCAGAUUGAAAACCCAGACGAAGUUGCGGAUCUCGUUGGCAUUUCCGCCGUGAUGAUUCAGGACAUGCAAGCCAAACGUAUUAACAAUUACGAAUUCAAGUGGGAGAGAAUGACUUCUUUCGAGGGUGAUACUGGUCCAUAUCUGCAAUACGCUCAUUCAAGAUUGAGAUCCGUGGAAAGAAACGCCUCCGAAAUCACAACCGAGAUGUGCAUAAACGCUGACUUUUCGCUUUUAAAAGAGCCCGCCGCGAUUAGUCUUGCUCGUAUUCUUGCACAAUACCCUGAUACCUUGAGAAAUGCCAUGAAGACGCACGAACCCGCCACUAUCGUAACUUACUUGUUCAAGCUCACUCAUCAAGUCUCGUCCUGUUACGACGUGCUUUGGGUCGCUGGUCAAACCCCCGAAUUGGCCACUGCUCGUUUGGCGCUCUACUCUUCGGCUAGGCAGGUCCUUUACAACGGUAUGAAACUGCUGGGACUUACGCCGGUUGACAGAAUGUAA